GAUUCUCUCGUUCUGCUCCGAACAGUCACGUUGCUAUCAAGUUUAAUCACUCAUCCCCUGGAUUCACAUUACGAAUUGCAAAUCUCGUGGGAGUGAAAUGUGGUGUAGUGUUAUUCAUCGCAGAAUGCAUACUAAUUAAUUAAUUAAUUGAUCAUUAAUUGCGUGCGUAAAUGAUAGAAUUGUAAUUCAGGUUGACAAGACUUCCAAGAAUACAAUAGAGGGAUAAAAGUAUUGACUUGCGGACUUAAAAUUGCAUCAACAUGUCACGACGUCAACCGGAGGAUUUUCUCAAGCACGACGCGUCCAGAGACACAUGGCAGGUCAUAUUCUCAAACAAAAGGGGCCUAUCAAAGGACGAAGUCCAGGCCGUCUUCUCGAGAUUCGGAGAAAUCGACAUAAUCAUCCAGACGGGGACAUCCUGCGGCUUCUGUAUCGUCAAAUAUAAGACGAAAGAAGCUGCCAUGAAGUGCAUCACUACGGAGGUGGCAGCCCGAGAUUGCAUAACACUGUCAGUCUUCAUUAAAGAUUAUGAGAAGAAGAGUUCAAAAGAGAGUCUGGAGACAAGUGGAGACAACGGACAGGAUUAUUCUCCCUCCAAGAAACUUGAUAGGAAUUUUUCGAGGGAAUCUAAUGCCUCUGCAAUCAAAGAUAUGAAUGGAAAUGGUCGAGACAUUGAAACCUUCAACUGGAGUUGCGGAAUGCAGAACGAGAGAUGUGAUGGCAAGUCGAAGAAUCAUCAAACGUUCACAUCAGAUGCAAAAGCGAAUUCUAGUCUUACGCAGACGAAGAGUGAUUCCAAAUUGAUGCAGAAUAAAUGUGAAAACUUCCAGGAUGACUCCAUCACGUCAAAAGCUCAUCCAUCAAUUGCACCAGAACAAAAAGAUAAUUCUAAUUCGAUACAGACGAAGAAUGAUUCCAAAUUGUUGAAGAGUAACUGUCAUAGGUUGAAGGACGACGUCAACAAACCAAAAGAUCAUCAACCAAGUGCGCCAGAUGUAAAAGGGAAUUUUAAUUUGAUUCAGACGAGGAAUAACUCCAAUCUGACGAGGAGUGAGUGUCGUGAAUUGAAGGAUGACAUCAACAAACCGAAAGAUCAUCAACCAACUGCACCAGAUGUAAAAGAGUAUUUUAAUUCGAUUCAGACGAGGAAUAACUCCAAUUUGACGAGGAGUGAGUGUCGUGAAUUGAAGGAUGACAUCAACAAACUGAAAGAUCAUCAAUCAACGGCAGCAGAUACUAAAAACUUCUCCAUUUCCAUUGAGACGAAGAAUAAUUCCAAAUCGUUGAAGAGCGGACAUCAAAACGAAACGACUGCUGUCAAAUCAGGAAAUAAAAUAGCAGCUGAUUUUAACUCAGGAAACGUCAGGAUUAAUCCCCUGAAAUGCAAAAUUCCUCCCAGAAUGCCAGAUAUCAAAGAGGAAAAAGGAAAGGAUCGAUCAAGAAUUUCGUCAGAAUUGAAUGAAUCGAAUGGUCAUGAAGUGGCUCAAGUUUCUGAAGGGAAUGAUUCGAAGUCAGCAAAUGAUAAAGACUCGAGCCAGGCAGCUGGGCUGCCUGCGCUCGUCGGAAGGAAAACAAUGAUCUUCAGAAAUUCUCUCCCAGCGACGACUUCCAGACCAAUUUGCAAUGCACCCUGCUGUCGACCACACGUCGGCCGCUCCCAGGCCCACGAGGUCAUCGUCGCCAACAUCGAUCAGGCGUGCGAUGUGGGCUUCAUCAUGAAUCUGUUCAAGGAUUACGAGCCUGUUUUGGUGACGAGUAUGAGGGAACAUGAGAAGGCUCUUCGGUAUUGUCACGUGUACUUCCAGAGUUCUGAGCACGCAGAAGCUGUUGAGAGGAUCUUCGAUCGCAUGAGGAUUUAUGGGAGGGAGCUCAUUGUACUCCGGCCGGAGAGUGUAGCUGCAUAUAUUUAAAUCCUUAAUGAUGCUUAUGGAAAACCUGUGUUGUAAUAUAAGAAGAUUUUCCAGAUUUUGGAGAAUGUUUACCGAUAGGUAGAUAUCUUGAGAAUCAGUUACAUGAUACAUAAAAUGUAAUGGGCUUUUUUGAAGAAUAACCGAUUAUUUUGCGUCAAAAAUCAACUUUUCUCCAUCAUAAAAUUUAUUUUUUUCUUUUUUAUUAUUCAUUCGGAUUCAAUAUUACAGUAACGGAAUGAAACCAAUUAAUCUUUUACGAUAUUGAUACAGACCAUUUUGACAUUUUUGUGUAGCUGUAAGAAGAAUAUUUUCAAAUAAAUAAAUCUUUGAAAUGAAAAAGUUAAAUUUCAUAAAAAUUCUCUCGGAUGUUCGACGUUGGGGGGAAUAAAAAAAAAUUUAUGAAUUAAUGUUGUGAAUAAAGAAUGAA